GGGAGGAGAAUCCGCUCCGUAAUGGCGGACACGUGCGGCCAAGUACUUUUGGGAUCCGGACUCACCGUCCUUUCCCACCCGCUGAUGUACAUUAAAGUCCUGGUGCAGGUUGGACAUGAGCCUCUUCCUCCGACCCUGGGCAGAAACCUGUUUGGCAGGCAAGUCUACCAGCUCCCUGGACUUUUUGCAUACGCAAAACACAUCAUCAAGGUUGAUGGUAAAGCAGGUCUCUUUAACGGGCUGGCCCCAAGGCUCUGUGCCGGCACCAUCGGAACCAUCGUACACAGCAAAGUUUUGCAGAAAUGUCAGGAACAAGACAAAUUCCAGGUAAUGGGCAGCAGUCAGAGGGCAGAAGAAAGCUCUGUACAGCACACAGUCAAUGAGACCACCAAAGAAAUGAUUGCUCGUUCCUGUGCCACAAUCGUCACACAUCCCUUCCAUGUGAUCACUUUGCGGUGUAUGGUCCAGUUUAUCGGGAGAGAAACUAAAUAUAGUGGUGUGUUUGAUUCCAUAAUCACCAUCUACAGAGAAGACGGUGUCCUUGGGUUCUUUGCGGGUUUGAUCCCUCGGCUACUCGGGGACAUGCUGUCUCUGUGGAUCUGUAACCUGCUGGCUCACUUCAUCAACACAUAUGCCAUAGACGACUCGAUGAGCCACACUGGAGAAAUCAGAAACUGCUCUCAGGCUGUGACAGGGUUUUUUGCCAGUAUGCUCACAUACCCUUUCGUUUUGGUGUCAAACUUGAUGGCGGUGAAUAACUGUGGACUAGCUGGGGGUCUUCCUCCUUAUGCAUCAGUAUAUCCCACCUGGGUGGACUGCUGGAGGCAUCUAAGCAAAGAGGGGAACAUGAGCAGAGGCAACAGUUUAUUUUUCCGAAAGCUUCCAGCGGGGAAGACGUAUGCCAUUGACCAGAAAAGAUUUUUUUAAACUGGGAAGAAAUUGAACAAAGUAGAAUCUAAUUGUAAUUAUAUUAAAAAAAAUGACAUUGCCUGAUGUGGAGGUUGGAACAGCUGGCACCUAAUCUUUUGUAUGCACAUGUUUAAUGUUUUUUUUUAAACCUGUCUGCCACCAAGUGAUAGAACUGCAGUUGUUUUCAGCAGUAGAUUGGACUCACUCAUUUUGUUUUUGAUUCAUAUUAAGAGAUUUAUGCAAAUUGAAACUGCUGGAUGCUGAAAUGAAGCCACGGCAGCUGCUGUGUGAAAAGCCAUCAGUAACCCCCGCCCAAAAAAGUGAAUUCCUCCUUUGCUUAUUAAAAUGCUGAAGUUUGCAUGUGGUAGUGUCUAAUUCCAAGUUUAGCUGGACCUCUGUCGUCAUGUGAUGUUGUCUUGGUGUGUCAGUAAUGAGUCGAGCCUGUCGAGGGUUUAGUAGCACCAGUGAUCAGAAAGACCGUAAGGAAACUCUGUGAAGCCUCAAACUUCACAGAGUUUCCUGAGCCGACCAUUUCUAGCCUUUUCAAAGUAAAGUGCUUGUAAGAACUCAACUGAUCCAAAUAAAGACUCUUGCAUUUUUGACCUUCUGUGUUCCAUUUGGUCCUUUAAUGGUUUGAUGUAAGAUGCAACAAAAUGUAAUGUGGACUGUGCAGCCUCGCUAAGUGCAGAACUAGAAAUGUUUCGUCAUGGCUUGAAAACUUUUAAUUUAAGCUGUUAAGUGUUUUCUCAAGAAUGCAAUAAAUCUAAGUCAUUCCAAACAACAGUGUCCCAUAAGCGCUUCCUCACAUUUGUUUAAAAUGAAACCUCCCCAGAUGUGGAGCUCACCUCUGAACCUGUGUAUUACCAUUUCAAGAGGGGGCAGAUGUAAAUGUUACUCAUGGCAAGUACCCCGGGUCUUGGAACCGUUUCUU